UUAGGCAUUCCUAAUGCAAAUCGAAAUAUUGUUUAUAAUCAUCGUAGCGGGAGAUUUGGCCAAACCACUACUACAAAAUGUCUUUAAUGGCAACCCUAGCAGGGUCUGUCCCUAAUUUGACUUUUGGGAAUUUUAUCCUAUGUACGAUAAGCAUUUAUGUUGUCAUUCUGGUCAAGCACCUUUGCGAAUUCCGUGGAAUGCCUCCGGGACCCCGCUUGAAGUAUUUGCCUUUUGUUGGAAACUUGUUCGACAUUCUUUACGAAGAUUCAUCCUUGAAAGGUCUCAAGCAAAAGUAUGGUGAGGUUUUUUCAUUCCAAGUUGGUAGCUGGAAGGUUGUUCAGGCUGGUACUCCAGAGGCUAUUAAAGAAAUCCUCAUCUCCAAGAGUGCUGAUUAUGCUGGGAGACCCCCAUUUUAUAGUUUCUUGGUGGAGACAUUAGGUGGUAAAGACAUUGCCUUUGGAAACUAUGGUUCAGCCUGGAAACUUCAUCGCAAACUCUUCUCCACUUGUCUGCGGCAAUAUGUGUCCAAUGUCCCCCUCCUGGAGUCCUGUGUUGGCGAACAAGCAAAAAAGCUGCUUAAGUUUCUCGAAUACCAAAAAGAACAACCUUUUGACCCCUCAGAUAUACUCAUGACAAGCAUCGCUGAUGUGAUCUGUGGAAUUACAUUUGGGAAAUACUUUGGGUCUUGGCACAAAGAUUUCAAAACAUUUCUUAAACUGACCAACAAAUCAUUUGGAGACACUGAAUUGAAUGAUCAACUGUUUCUCCUUGAUUUGUUUUACUUUACGAGAUAUUUCCCAUUCAGUGCUUAUAAGGAGAAUCAAGCAGAUUUUGAUACAGUGCUGGGAAUUAUAAGAAGAGUUCUAGAAGAGGGAAAAGCACAUUAUGACACUAAACAAGUUGAUAAUCUCAUGAUGGGUCUUCUGAAGGCCAGGUCUGAAGCCGAACAUGAAAAUGAGGAGGAAAAGAAAGCUCUGCUAUCUGACGAUUACUUGAUUGGCAGCUUAUAUGAUAUGAUGGCGGCAGGAUACGAGACAACAGCAGCUACCCUCAAGUGGAGUAUUGUGUACCUGGUGAACUAUCCUGAUGUACAGACAACAAUUCAAGCUGAACUAACCAAGGUUGUUGGACCAAAUAGAAUGCCUUCCAUCAAUGACAGACCACACCUGCCGUACACACAAGCUGUCAUCAUGGAGACUCUCCGCCUUGGUAAUGUAGCAGACCAGUCGAUCCCUCACUACACCCUCUGCGACACCACCCUAACAGGCUACCGCAUCCCAAAGGACACUGUAGUCAAUGUGGACCUGGAGGCUCUCCACCGACACCCAGUGUGCUGGGACAACCCAACCUUGUUUGAGCCACGCCGACACCUAGAUGCCAAUGGAGAGCUUGUUACUUCCCAAGGAAACUGGUUGCCUUUCUCGGCUGGCAGAAGAGUGUGUUCAGGAGAGGCUCUGGCCAAGGCUGAGCUGUUUUUGUUCUUGUCCUGGAUGCUCCAAAAGUUUCAUUUUGUCCCAGAGGAGGGGGAGGGUCAGACUCCACCCAUUAUCAAAGCCGUGAAGGGGUUCACUCAGAACCCAGCACCUUACAAGAUUAAAGCUGUGCCAAGGAAUGUAAACAAGAGUAGCGUGCAUUACAAAUGACAAAGUGAUUUAGUAAGUCAUGGCUAUUGGUCAGGCUCCACCCAUUAUCAAAGCCGUGAAGGGGUUCACUCAGAACCCAGCACCUUACAAGAUUAAAGCUGUGCCAAGGAAUGUAAACAAGAGUAGCGUGCAUUACAAAUGACAAAGUGAUUUAGUAAGUCAUGGCUUGUUUAGAAAUGAGACUCAGGAAACUCAAGGUUUGGCAUUCUUGUUGUGUGUUAGAAGCAAAAAAAAAAGAUUUAUUAGAGGCUUUUCUUAUUGAGAAGAAUGACAUUUGGAUCUUCGUGUACUCCCAUCAAUUUGAUGCCUUGUAGGAUAUACUUUUUGAAUAUCCAUUUUAUUUAUGUUGCGCACUAAGCAACAGGGUAGUAAGAUAAUUACUGUAUGUGUGAAUUUCUCCAGAAUAUUUCUUCCUUAUGGUGGUAAAUGGAAACUAUUGGGGGAUGGGGUUUUCCAAUGCUUGUUAUUUGGGGUUAAAUCAACCUUCUUUUAUAAUAAUUAUGUCUUUGGAGAGUAUGAAUUUGUUUUAAUCUGGAAUAACACAAUUGCUGUGUGUGCUGGGACAAAUAACCCAUAGAAUAGGCAGAGUUAAAUCAAUUUAUCUCAUAAUUACAAUCAUUAUAACACUGUUAACAAUAAAAUAUACAAAACACCAAA